UGGCGUUGCAGCCUUUCUAAGCUUGAGGUCACCUCUCUUCAACGCUCCCUCAUUCUCAGGCGUGGCCUUCUGGAGCGCCACGGCAUUCGGCUGUUCCGUCGCGUCUUCGUGUUACAAUAAAGUUUUCCUCCCUGUACGGAGCUCAAGAUGGCGGCCUCCUGGUCGCCCUUGGUUACCCUGCGCUCCGCGGCGCGUAGCCGGCUGACUGGGAGAGGUGUUGGGUGCGGGGCGCGGGUCAUCGCAAUCCCUCCUCCGGCCCCUGGCCCUAGGAAACCCCUUUGGAAAGCCUACACAGUCCAGACAUUUGAGGGUGUGCGCCCAACAGCCGCUUCCGAGGCCCAUUCGAGAGCUUUGGCUGUUUGCCACGGGCCUCUGGCCCACUACGACUUUCUGAUCAAAGCUCAGGAGCUGAAGAACGAUGAGCAUCAAAGAAGAGUUGUUCAGUGUUUGCAGAAGUUACAGGAGGACCUUAAAGGAUACAGCAUAGAGGAGGGAAGGCUCUUUUCAAAGCUUUUUUCAAGGAACAAACCUCCAAAGGGCCUGUAUGUUUAUGGAGACGUUGGUACGGGGAAAACAAUGGUGAUGGACAUGUUUUAUGAGUAUGUGGAAGUGAAGAGAAAAAGGCGGGUCCAUUUUCACGGCUUCAUGCUAGAUGUGCACAAAAGGAUACACCGCCUUAAACAGAGUUUGCCGAAAAGGAAGGUGGGAUUCAUGGCUAAGUCGUACGACCCGAUAGCGCCCAUAGCCGAGGAAAUCAGCCAAGAGGCUAGUCUCCUGUGUUUUGAUGAAUUUCAGGUCACUGACAUCGCCGACGCCAUGAUUCUGAAACAGCUUUUUGAAAAUCUGUUCAAAAACGGGGUCGUCGUUGUGGCAACGUCCAACAGACCACCGGAAGAUCUCUAUAAAAACGGACUCCAGAGGGCUAACUUUGUGCCAUUUAUAGCUGUCCUGAAGGAAUAUUGCAAUACGGUCCAGCUGGAUUCUGGGGUAGAUUAUCGGAAAAGGGAACUCGCCCCUGCCGGGAAACUCUACUACCUCACAAGCGAGGCUGAUGUGGGGACUGUCAUGGAUAAGUUGUUUGAUGAGCUGGCUCAGAAACAAAACGAUCUAACUAGCCCAAGGAUUCUGAAAGUGCAAGGCAGAGAGCUGCGGCUGAAUAAAGCCUGUGGAACCGUCGCCGACUGCACAUUUGAGGAGCUGUGUGAGAGACCACUUGGAGCGAGUGACUAUUUGGAAUUAUCCAAGAAUUUUGAUACGGUAAUCAUACGGAACAUUCCACAGUUUUCGCUGGCAAAGAGGACGCAAGUGCGCAGAUUCAUCACUCUCAUUGACAACUUCUACAACUUCAAGGUGCGUAUCAUCUGCAGCGCCUUGGUCCCCAUCUCCAGCCUGUUUGUGUAUCAGCAUCAGGACAGCGAGUCGGACCAAAGCCGGGUGCUGAUGGACGACUUGGGGCUGAGCCAGGACUCAGCCGGGCUCUCCAUGUUUACCGGGGAGGAGGAAAUCUUCUCCUUUCAACGCACUAUUUCCCGGCUCACAGAGAUGCAGACCGAGCAGUACUGGAUUGAGGGGGACAGAAGCAGGAAGUAACUGUCACUUUCACAACUAAUAAUAAAAAUGUGACCGGGUAAAGCUGCGAGACAGUGAGACAUCACUACGUCACUAUGAGACGUGACAGGAUCAUUUUCCUCCUCGUCAAUGCACUUUGCCUC